GCCAAUCACGAGGAGACUGGAGUCUGGUGGGAUCCCUCAGGCGAUGUCCGUCUCUUUUCCACAACGAAUCGUCGACCUGUCGUUAAAACUUCCAAGAACAUAACCUGAAAAUCAAAUAAAACGACCGACUGACAAAAGAAAAAUUGUUCUGUUGUUUGUAAAAAAAACAACACGAGGUCAAGGACUGAUGAUAGAGUUGAAAACCAGUUAGAGAGAUCUAGUUACAGAAAAUGUUCAAAAAAUUUGACGAGAAGGACAGUGUUUCGGGAGUACAACAGCUCAAGUCUUCCAUUCAAAAGGGCAUCAGGUCAAAGUUGCUGGAAUUGUAUCCCCACCUGGAAAGCCAUAUCGAUCAGAUUAUUCCGAAGAAAGAUGCUUUUCGUCUUGUAAGAUGUCACGAUCAUAUCGAGAUUAUGGUGAAUGCAGCUGGAGAACUGUUGUUCUUUCGACAACGAGAGGGGCCCUGGAUGCCCACUCUGCGAUUGCUGCACAAAUAUCCAUUUUUCUUACCAGUAGAGCAGGUUGAUAAAGGUGCCAUUAGAUUCGUUCUCAGCGGAGCCAACAUAAUGUGUCCAGGAUUGACAUCCAAAGGAGCCAAGAUGACUCCAGUAACCAAGGGAACAGUUGUGGCUGUGAUGGCCGAGGGAAAGCAGCACGCACUGGCAGUUGGUGUCACAGCAUUGUCAACAGAUGACAUAGCUAAAGUAAACAAAGGAGUAGGUAUUGAAAAUUGUCAUUAUCUCAACGACGGUCUGUGGCAAAUGAAAGCUGUAAAGUAAGAUUAAUAAAGGCCUCCAAAACAUUCUUAUUCUAAUUAUAAAA